AUGGUAGACGAAAGCAUCAAGCCCGCGGAAAGCGACGCCAGGAUCGAACAUGUCGCAGAAAAGCAAAUCGAUCUAGAAGAGCUUGGAGAAACCAGCGGCUAUGUCGUUGACCUGGAAUUGAUAAACACAGUUCCCUCCGCUUAUGGACAACUCAAGACCGCAGCCGACGGACGCACCAUCUUGAUCCCUCAACCAAGCGACGACCCAGACGACCCCUUGAAUUGGAGCUGGGCCAGAAAGCAUGCCAUCCUGUUCACGAUUGCCGCAAUUGCAUUUCUACCGGACUAUGGGUCCGCUACAGGCGCUGUGACGUUGCUUCCUCAAGCUCAGAUAUGGGGAAUGAGUGAGGAUCAUGUCAAUCACAGCCAAGUGGGGAAUGUAUUUAUGCUUGGAGCGGGCGGUCUCUUUGUUGUCGCCUUGUCUGCCUAUUUCGGACGUCUACCGGUCCUAUUCUGGUUCACCGUUACGGCGCUGUGGACAGCGGCUUGGUGUACCGCUGCUACCACUUUCGAGCCCUUCAUGGCCGCGCGCAUCCUCAAUGGCUUCUUCUCGACAGUAGCACAAGGCGGCGGGUUGAUGUUCAUCAAAGAUAUGUUCUUCUUCCAUGAGCACGCCCGAAAGAUCAACAUAUGGGCUGCGUUUAUCAUUCUGUCGCCCUACUUUGGGCCUCUCAUAGCCGCCUUUAUCAUCUCAACGCAGAAGUGGCAAUGGGCGUUCGGGGUGUACACAAUCGGGACAGGCUUGUGCCUGAUUGCGGUCGUCAUCUUCGUUGAUGAAACUUUCUACGAUAGAAAGCUGCCGCACGAGCAACGUAUACCGAGGAAGAGCAAGCUGCAGAGACUAGUGGGAAUUGAGCAGUGGCGCUCAAGACAUCAGCGAAGCACUUUCAAGCAGGCUGUCAUGCGGCCUGUGAGGGUUAUCUGCAAGCCAGUGGUGUUGCUUUCGUCAAUCUACUAUAUGCUAACGUUUGCGUGGGAUAAGUCAAGCCUAAUGCCAAUAGGUAUCAACACGACCCUGGCCAUCUUCGUAACACCCUUAUACGGCUUUGGACCUCGUCAAGUAGGAUUCUUCUAUUUUACCCCAAUAAUUGGAGCAAUUCUCGGCGAAAUCUGCGGACACUGGGUGCAUGACAAGGUCGCCAGUAUUAUUACAAGGCGCAACAAAGGCACCUUUCAGCCAGAGUAUCGGCUGGCUACAAUCUGGCUAUCGACGCCAUUCAUUCUCACCGGCCUGAUCGUGCUGGGGUUCGCGUUGGAAAACGCGUGGCACUACAUGGUAGCCGCCGUAGGCUGGGGCCUCUACGUCUUCGGGAUCAUGAUAACAACUGUUGCCAUCACCGCUUACAACCUCGAUGCGUACCCAGAAGGGAGCGGUGAGGUGGCUGCGUGGAUAAACAUGGCGCGCACAACAGGCGGAUUUAUCAUAUCCUACUUUCAAGUGUCAUGGGCGCAGUCGCAGGGGACGAAGCGCAGCUUCGGUAUACAAGCAGCAGUCUGUCUCGUGGGCUUCUUUAUUGUGGUAUUUCUGCAGCUGUAUGGCGCUGCGCUGCGGAAGCGAAGCGGACCUCUGCACUUCAAGACAGGCUAG